AUGGCUACUGUUCAAUCUACUUCUGAAGAAAGUGAACGUUUAUGGAUAAUGCCAUUUUUGGGCCAAUUAACUGAUGAUUUUCGAGAUUUUUAUGAAGAUUUUCAAUCAAAUUGUGUGACUUCAUUUACACAUUAUGCAACAUUUAUUGGUCGUCAACAACCAUCACAUAAACAUCUAAUUAAUCCAUUUUAUGUAUAUUUAUAUCUUUGUUCUGAUAUUUAUAUGUCAUCUGGUCGUGAUAUUCAAACUGGUGCUUUUGUUGGUUGUCGAAUAGCCCGUGCAUUAAGAUCGAUCGAAAUAAAUCUAGGUGCAUCUGCAUUACGUGAAUUUCUUUAUUUAUUUUGUUAUGAUAAUUUACCAUUACAUGAUUAUUUUUGGAUAUAUGUUCGUAGUCAUUUUUCUAAUAUAAGUGAUCCUGAAAAAUCAUUGGUUAGAAUAAUUAAUAAAGCAAGUAUAAAAUAUGCACGAACAAAUCGUAAAUUAGAAACAUAUAUUUGUGAUCAUUUAAAACAAAUUNCAAUAACAUUCAACCAUGGAAUUGGAAAUCAACAAUCAGUACUAUUAAAUAAUUCAACAAAAAGUACAUGGGUUAAUCCAUAUUGGGGUCCUAAACCUUCUGAAAAAUCAACACCAUCGACUGGAAUUCAAAAACCUCAAAUUUCAACAAUACCCAAACAGGACAAUUGGCAAUUUCAGAAUCCCUAUUUGAAAGAUAAAAAUGCAUUCGAUCAAAACAACAAUGUUAAUACAUUGGACAUACCAUUACCAUGUGAGUUUCCAAUCAUGUCGGUCCCAUCAUUUUACAAACGUAUCUAUCCUCCUUAUGAAUCAUUAUCUACUCCAAUGUCAACCGUCAAUAUGAAACAUAAUGAAAUAUUUAGUCAACAUAUUAAUAAUGACGAAGAUAUGCCAUUCACAAUCGACAAUCAAGGCAUAGUACAUUAUCGACCAGAACCAUCUUCGCCUAGUAUCCUAAAUAAGACAGCUAAUAUCCCUCCUUCAUCAACAAUGUCACAGUAUCCAGUUCUACCUCCAACGACACAUACCAAUGUACUAUCCUCAAAAACAGCUAAUACUGCAACAGUUCCACAAAUCACGAACUCCGUGUCUCCUUCGUAUCCGAAAAAUAUGACAUCUGCUCCAUUAAUGAACUUGAGCAAUGAUACACCAUCUUCAUUUGAUUAUUAUUCAUCAUUGACUUCUUCAUCGGCAGCUGUACUUACUGAAGCAGAUCUAAACAGCAUUCAACAUGCUCUUCAUUUACUUGAAACUAGUCCGAAUGUGAUAUCUGUCAUUGAACCUUCGCAACAAGUACCAUCAACAAAUAUCAGCCAUGCUAAUCAGCCUUCAUCAUCCUUAGCUUCUUUAUUUACUGUUAAUAAACAACAACAAUCUCAACCACUACCACCACCACCAUCAUCAUCAUCAUUCUCAGCCAAUACGCAACACAAUACUCCAUUACAGGCAUAUAUUUCCAAUUCUGCACAGCCACCACUGUUCUCCACGCCUAGCUAUCCUUCAAAUCCAAAUAACACGUUAAGUCGUUUGGCCACAAAGGGAUCAAUUUUUCUCAUUUAA